AGUCGGCGAAGUCCGGCAGGAGGCCAUAUUGAAAUCUAUCAGGUCGGCUCCCGGUUUGACGGUUGUAAGUGUUCGUCGUCUGGGCUGUCUCCCGAAUCACUGUUCCGCAGUCGAACCAGAACGCUUGAGCCAGGCGCCCCACCCGAGAGCCUGCCGAUUUUGGACGAGGGCUUGUCUCCGGCUUGUGUGGAAAAAAUGAGUCCGACCGAUGCUAAACGGGGAGCUAAGCGCAGGAAGAACAAGCGGGGCGGUGGCAGCGGCUGCGGCGCAGUCUGCAGUGCCAGCGGCAAGGCCGGGGCUGUCUCGGCCCUGGGCUCUCCAGCAACGGCCGCACCUGCCCCCGUUGUGAGCUUUUUGACGCCGAGCACCAACGGGAGCGGGAAUGCGGGGCCCAUCUCGGGGCUUAACGGAGAGGUCCCAAUGAACAAUAAUAUUACACCACAGUUUACGGAGGGGCCAGUGAAUGCCGACUUCUCUGGAGUACUUCAGACCCCAUUCACCUUUGGCCUGAACCAGCGGGCACCCUACACAGCUGGUGACCGCUGCCUCUUAUGCCGAUGUGAGCGCAAAGACAGUGCCCUCCAGUCAGAGCCAGGGCUCUUGGGUCAGAAUGGAACAGCACAGCCCACAAAAACGUCCAGUGCCCUCCAGCUUCCCCUGUGGGUGUGCCCUGACUGUAGGCGCACCGUAGAGAAGGAGGACCGCCACACUGCUCUGGAGCAGUCUCUAGGGAACCAGGACUUCCUUUUGCACAUGCCUGUGGGUAAUGGAAACCUCGGACAGGAACCAGCCACAGGGGACAGACUGACCACAGCUGCACCCACAUUACCCAUGCUCCCUGCCCCUGACCUCACCACACAGAUGACUGUUGACACAGUGUGCAGCUGUGAGGCCUGCAAUGACAGACGGGAGAUCCCUUCAGAAUCAGAGAGAGAGUCCCAGCAGUUGCAGAACCACUGGUCAGAAGUGCGCUACUUGGUGAGGUGUAUCUACCGGCAGACCGGAACCUCGUUGGCAGAUGACCACGACCAGCCGCUGGACAGAGAUAAAGAGGGCAUGAAGGAGCUGGUUGACAGGCUUUGUGAGAAGGACCCCUACCAGCUGUACCAGCGGCUGGAGCAGCAGGCUCGUGAGUAUGUUUUAGAAAUGAAGGUGCGGCUGCUGAAGCACCUGUCUGCAGGCUCCAAGGCAGCAGGUCCCUCGGGGGCAGUGGCUUCAGCCCAUGGACCUCCUCAGGCCCACCAGUUCAUUUCCCUGCUGCUGGAAGAAUACAACGCCCUCUGCCAAGCUGCACGCACCAUCAGCAGCUUCCUUCUCACCCUGGAGAAUGAGCACCUUCAGAAAUUCCAGGUGACGUGGGAGCUGCACAACAAGCACCUUUUUGAGAACUUGGUGUUCUCCGAACCCAUCUUGCACAGCAGUUUACCUGCGCUAGUUGCACAGCUUAAGCAUGGCACAGCCUCCCAUGACUCCUACAGCGAAGACAUGUACAGGACCUUGUUAGAAAGCUACCAGCAGCUGCAGCAGGAAAUGGCUGCCGUUGCUGCUGAAUGGCAGGAGUGUGAGAAGAGGAUUGACGACUAUGUGGAUGAACAGCUGCUUUUCAAGGUGGAGGGUCAGAAUCUUACAAACCAGCGGACUGAGCCACACAAGUCAUUAAUAAGCAAAAAUACUUUGAAAACUAAACAGCGAAUGCUAAAAGAAGACUGGGAGUUCUUCAAGCAACGAAGAUUUAUAGAAGAACAGUUGACCAACAGUAAGAAGUCCGUCACUGGAGACAACUUCACAGACACAAUGAGAAUGCUCUCCUCUCGUCUAAGUAUUCCAGACUGUCCAAAUUGCAAUUAUCGUAGAAGGUGCACGUGUGAUGACUGUAGUCUUUCCCACAUUCUGACAUGUGGCAUCAUGGACUCGCCCAUUGCUGAGGAUCUUCACAUCAAGCUCCCCCUGCAAGGGGACCCUCCACGUGACUACCUGGCAGAAGUGCAUCCCCCCAGCCUUUCAUCCGGCAGUUCAGCCUCAGGCUCCAAUUCUAGUUCCCCCAUCACAAUUCAGCAGCACCCGCGGCUCAUUCUGCCUGAAGGCGAUAACAACACUUUCAUUAGUGAUGAUGAUGAAGUGCCUUCGCUGUCAACUAAGUUUGAAGACAUCUUUCCUGUGAGUGGCUAUGAGAACCCUAGUAAUGUCACUGCCACUGUGAAUGGCCUCCAUAGCGAGCUCAAUGGUGGAGGGGAGAAUGAGACACUGAAGGAAGGGUCGCCCCAAGGAAGCAGCAGCAGUAGUUCAUCAGAAGGUGAUGAGGAGGAGGCUGAUGGGGAGAGUGGUGGGGAGCCUCCUGGGCAGCAGGCAGAGCUUCUCUCAGGAAAGAACAACAGCCCUCCACCAUCCUACAACCAUCAACAGGUGGAGCAGAUCCAGCAUGCCUGUGAAUGCCAUGUAUGCAACCAAGACCCCAGCUCUUCCACUUUGGGCCCUGCUACCUGCCUGCCGCCCGGACGGCUACACACAACGCCUCCUCCUACUGUUGGACACCAGUUCUUCACAGACAACAAGACUCCUCCUACCCACCCAGCCCUCCACCUUUACCCGCACAUUCACGGCCAUCUGCCUCUGCGCAACCUGUCUCACCUCCCACGGCCCCUACUGCACCCCACGCUCUACCCUCCUAGUCCUCCUCUCGCACAUAACAAGCCACUCCCCCCAACCCCCACUUUGAACCACUCAGCAGCCAAGCAGCCAGCAUUCAGUCCCACCUUACAGGACCAUGUUUACCAGAACUGUUUUGGUGGGGCUGGUGGAGCUGGUGGAGCCGGUGGAACUGGUGACUGGAAUAGCUCACUGCAGUGCCUCUCACUUAAGUUUGAGAACCUGUGGGAUGCUGCUUUGAUGAAGAGCUGGAACCCUUCAGUGCUGCUGCCAGAGUCCCUUCCAGGUGACAUGCUUGGCCCACCCCUCCCUGAUGUGCCCCUGCCCCCAACCACAUCCAUCAGCCCCCAUGGGGAACACCCUUCAUUACCUACAACUCUGGCCCCCUCCUCCUCUUCUUCCUCAUCCACCUCAUCCUCCUCAUCCUCUUCUGAGGCCAAAGAGCAAAAGAGGAGUGGCGCCAAGAAGAAGUGUCUGUACAAUUUCCAGGAUGCCUUCAUGGACACAAGUCGAGUCGUGAUGGCCACAUCUGCCUCCACAGCUUCAGUGUCCUGCACUGCUACAACUGUCCAGUCAAGUAAUAACCCACCCAUCCACCUAGCAUCUAAAAGACCCAACUUCUUAGAUGAUGUAUUUCACAGUCAAGGUAAAGAGGACCAUAGACAGCCUACCCCUGUUGCUCCCAGAAAUAGUCCCACAGGAAUGGCCUCCCUUCCACCUCUCUCAGGCCAAGCCUUGCUCCCAGCACCUACUACACAUCUACCCACAAUGGGAUCGCAGCCCUUCCCCAAAAUGGCUACACCGGCCCAAGGCUUCAUGGAGGCUCACCAGGGUUUGUGCCUGCCCCCUGCUGAGCCACCAGCCACUUCAGCUGAGGGCCCCAUCAGUGCCCCUCCCAGUGUCUGCAGUGAUCCUGACUGUGAGGGCCACCGGUGUGAGGGGAAUGGGGCUUAUGAUCACCAGGUCUACGAUGGUGAGGAGAGCCAGGAUGAGGAUAGCUGCUCUGAGCAUAGUUCCUCUACUUCCACAUCUACCAAUCAGAAGGAGGGAAAGUACUGUGAUUGCUGCUACUGCGAGUUCUUCGGUCAUGGCGGGCCUCCAGCUGCCCCAACCAGUCGCAACUAUGCAGAGAUGCGGGAGAAGCUGCGCCUGCGUCUGACAAAGCGGAAGGAGGAGCAGCCAAAACGUGAGGAACAGCAGCCGGUGCUGGAGCGAGAUGGUGGGGUAGAGGACCACAGACGUGUUGAGGACCUACUGCAGUUCAUCAACAGUGCUGACAGUAAACCUGCCUCCAGCUCUAAAGCAGCCAAACGGGCCAGGCAUAAACAAAAGAAGAUGGAGGAGAAGGCACGUCUGGAAGCAGAGGCCCGUGAGCGUGAGGAGCAGCAGCUGUUGGAGGAGCAGCAGCGUCGGCAGCGCCAAGAGGAGGAAGAGGCGGAGCUCCAGCGGGAACUGCUGCGGCUGCAGGAGCUGCAGCAUCUCCGUGCUGCCAAGAAGAAAAAGAAGGAGAAAGCCAAGGAGAACACAGCUCCCCCUCAAAACAACCCUCAGCCCCUUAAACAGACAGCACAGAACGUUCUAGAAAACCUUCAGAAUGGCAAGUCGCAGCUCCUGCAGAGCCUCAUCCACCUACCUGACCACAAGGAGCCCAGACUUGACCCAACAACACCUAGGCCACACACACAGCACAGCCCAAAAAGCAACAGGGACAAGGCACUUUCUCCUGAGGAUUCCACUCCCAUCUCUUCUGCCAGUCUGCACAAUGGCACUUCUCCAUCUCAACCCGAGGUCAACAGUAAAGCCAAGACCAAGCAGCCUGCCAGGACAGCAGCUUGUGAAGCGUUUGUAAAGAAAGCCCCAGAGAUGCCCAAGAGAUCAGAGCUGGCAACAAAGACCACAAAUGGCACCACUGCCACCUCUACACCAGAAACCAAAGCAACUCGAAACAGGGCUGUUGAGGUCCUGGUCCCAGCCGCUGAACCCAGGAGGGAAGAAAAGAAUAAUAACAGCGGUACCAGUGGAAAGAAGCAGCAGCCACCAGCCCAGAUAAAAGAAGAGAGGAGAAGCCCACCUGUGUUAAACCCCUCCCCAUCUCCACCUCCAGCCCCACAGUCGGAGCACCCCCAGCAGAAUGGCAAGCCUCCCAGUGCUGAGUCGCCGCAGCCCAAGGGCAAACCCAAGAAGAACAAGAAGAAGAAAGGGGACAAGGUUAACUGCUCAAUAGAUGAUGUGUUCCUACCCAAAGACAUCGAUUUGGAUAGUACUGAAAUGGAUGAGACUGAGAGGGAAGUGGAAUAUUUCAAAAGGUUCUGCCUAGAUUCUGCACGGCAAACCCGUCAACGGCUUUCUAUCAACUGGUCCAACUUUAGUUUGAAGAAGGCCACAUUUGCUGCACAUUGAGUGUGUUUGUGACUGACUGUGGCAGGACACAGUCGGCGAACCCAACAGCUGAACCCAACCAACUUGGCACCCUUACCCCAACACUGCAGCCACCCAACUGUUGCCCUCUCAUUGCCCCUGCUCUGCCCAAAUCACACCCAUGCUGCCUUGCUUUGUUCUUGUCGCUGUGUGGUUCCACCACAACCCCACCUGGACCCCAUUCCUUUUGCAGAACUAUGACACAGAAAUGAAAGAAAAUAAUACAUACAAAAAAAAAUAUCACAAAAUACUAUGAUUAUUUUUUCUCGCGUGCUUGUGUGCUUUAGUCUGAGUUGGACAUUUAUCUUGACUGGAAGCAAAAUGUUCUGAAAUCAUAUUCUUACAUUGGCUUACCUGUAGUCAAAAGAUGCUUACUGUGUUUGGAUGGACUCCUUCCAGAAAAAGACACCAAGAACAACAAAACAUGAGAUAUGUGAAUUAAAAAGCUGUAAUUGAGUUAUUGUGACUUGCUAUCCCAUUGUUUCCACCGGUCCCCAGCACGGCAUUUCACUAAUGUCAUUGACAAGGGAAUGGGCUUGGUCAGCUGGUCUCCCCUCCCUGCUUCCUCGCCAAUCCACUUCACUGAGAGGAUGAAGGCAAAAUACUUGACAAUGUUAUUUUUAUUCAGUUCUGUUCAACAAACUAUUGAGUAAAGGUGUACCAGUUACCUUUUUUGUUUUUGACUUGUAGCCAGCUUGUAUCAGAAUACUUUCAGAAUGAAAUUGAACAAUACUCACACUAUCAAUCUGUUAUAGAGUGUAUAUUGUAUUAACACUGAAGCCAAACUGGCUACUUUUUAACAUAUUGUUAAGUAAUAUUAAAUCUUGUCUUUCUUUUUUGAAAGAUGGAAUACAGUAG